ACACAACAGAAACACACAGAGAAGGAGUACAGGAACUGCUACUUGUACAAGUCUCAGGAUGUGGAAGACCAUCAUUUUGCUUUUUCUUCUGGCACUGUGGGCCGAGAGUUCUCAGGAGCAGACAAGCCAGGACGGGACCAGAAACAAGACCUGUGAGCGAGUGCUCAUUCGGUCCAAGAGGAGAUGGGUGCUAAAUACUUUUGAAGUAAAUGAGGAACUUCCUGGACCUUACCCUCAAUUUAUAACAGAGUUGCACAACGAUAAGCACCUGAAGCACUCCAUCCUAUUCAAAAUCAGUGGCCAAGGUGUGACAGAAGAGCCAUUAAAUGUGUUCACCAUUAAUGAGACGACUGGUGAAAUUUUCCUGCACAAGCCCAUAGACAGAGAAACCUACUCCAUGCUCAGGGUGAAGUUUGACGUGAUGGACGAAGAAACUGAUGAAAUUGUUGACAAAUCCUUGGCUUUCAUCGUGAAAGUAAAAGAUAUGAACGAUAAUAAACCUACAUUCAUACCUGAAGUUAUAAACAUAAAUAUUCCAGAGAACACAAAAGAAGGUCAGCUUCCAAUUUUACUUCGAGCAACGGACAGUGAUGAGGCAGGCAAUGACAAUUCUCGCAUCUCCAUGAGGAUAGUGUCUCAGGAGCCAGCACUGCCAAAAAUCUCUCUGGACACUAGCUUGAAUGAAAAAGACCACCGCCUAGCAAAACUCUUCUUUAGCGGGUGCUUUGAUUAUGAUAAAGUAAAGACAUAUAAAAUGCUUGUCGAAGCACGGGAUCAUGGAAUACCUUCGCUCUCAUCCACUGCGACUAUAUAUAUCCACAUCUCUGAUUCUAACACUCACGCUCCUGUGUUCACUGACCUAAAGGAGCGAGUGCUCAUUCGAUCCAAGAGGAGAUGGGUGUUGACUACGAUUGAACUAGAGGAGGAGAGUCCCGGACCUUUUCCUGUAAAAAUAACAAAGUUGUUCAACGAUAAGAUAUCAAGCCAUGCUGUCAGGUUCAGCAUUACUGGCCAUGGGGUGACGGAAGAGCCAAACGGAAUAUUAAGCAUAGAUGAAAAAACUGGUGACGUCUUCAUGCACAAGUCAAUAGACAGAGAAACAUAUCCCAUUUUCCAUGUGCAGUUCAAUGUACACGAUUUAGCGACCGGUCAGCUCCUUGACAACACGUUGUCCUUCGAUGUGGCCAUACAAGAUAAGAAUGAUAAUGCACCUCUGUUCACUCCUCCAGUUUUAGAUGUAAACCUCCCGGAGAACAUAAAUGAAGGUGAGUUACCUUUUUCUCUGCAUGCGAGCGACCGAGAUGAAGAUCGCAACGAUAACUCACGCAUAUCCAUGAGGAUAGUGUCUCAGACACCUCCUUUGCCCAAACUGUCUCUGAAAACCCCAGACGAGAGGUUCACAAAGCUUGAAUUCAGUGGAUGCUUUGAUUAUGAUAAAAUAAGGUUUUACAGAAUUCUUGUUGAAGCACGAGAUCACGGAAAGCCAUCACUCUCAUCCACCGCGACGGUUAAUAUCGCCAUCACUGACUCCAACACUCACACACCUGAGAUCGCUGCUCCAAAGCACAUUGAGGUUAAUGAAACAGAAAUCAAUAAGGAAAUUUUAAGGAUUCCUGUGAAAGAUAAGGACACUCCCAACACUCCAGGAUCCAGAGCAGUGUUCGCCAUCCUGAAGGGUAAUGAAGAGGGCAACUACAAGAUUGAAACAGACCCACUUACCAACGAAGGAGUGCUGACUGUCAUCAAGGGAAUAGAUUUUGAGAGAACUCCUCUAAGUGAACUGGAAAUAGUAGUAGAGAAUGAGGAGCCUUUAUUUUUUUGUGUUGAUGGAAAGCCAGUUAAUCCCAUUCCAAAGAAUUUAACUAGGAGCAACAAAGUUAAAGUCGCCGUCAAAGUCAUUGAUGUGAAUGAUCCACCAGUGUUUCACAACAAAAUACAUAUAGUACACAAUGUUGAGGAGGAAGAGCCCGGAGAGGUGUUGUACACUCCCACGGUGACAGAUGAGGAUUCAGACCCAGCUAAGAUCAGGUAUGAACUAGGAGAAGAUCCAGCUAAAUGGAUGUCCAUAGACCCACAGACUGGCAUUAUUACCCUGGCAAAAAAGAUGGACCGUGAGUCUCCGUAUGUCAAUGGGAGCACCUACACUGUUGUGAUGAGAGCAAUAGAUGAUGGCAACCCUCCUGGCAUGGGUACAGGGACUCUGGUGAUCAAGCUGGGAGAUAAGAAUGAUAAUGCACCUUAUCUAACCUACAACCCUUCUGUGAUAUGUGGGAACAAAGGUGACAGAGUGAGAGUCACCGCACAAGAUGCUGAUGUUUUUCCAUACAGCGGACCAUUCAACAUCACACUUGACAAAGAUGAUCAGGAGCUGAAGAGCAUGUGGAAGUUUGAGCACACAGUGUCUGAGAUCUUACUGAUUAGCCUGAAGAGUCUGCCAUAUGGAAAUUAUACAGUUCCCGUGAAGAUUGCUGACCAACAGGGGGUGCAAGCAAACGAUGUCUUGCAAGUGGUGAUAUGUGACUGUGGGAGCGGAACUGUGUGCAAAAACCAGCUACCACGAUCCUCCACCCUCCAUAUAUCAUCUAUAGUUAUAAUUUUGCUGGCAAUACUGCUCCUGAUAGCUUUGCUGCUCUAUUGUUUUUUCUGCAAAUGUGGAAUAAACAGAAAGGAAAAGAUACACAAUUUCAUGGAAUUCUUGCAAGAUGAUGGAAUCCAAACCAUGGUCAUUUACAAAUUGGAAGGAGAAGGCUCAUGCAAGACCACUUAGAUCCCAAAAUGGUCAUCUUUUCCUGGUACCACGAUCCCGUCUACAACGCAGGGGAGACCGAGCUUUCGCAGUAGCAGGCCCUACGCUGUGGAAUAGCCUGCCACCACCACCACAACCUCUUUUCCUGUGCUUUUAAUUUUAAUUGUUGUUAAUUUGUAGAUGUUCUUUCUUUUUUUUCUUUUCUUUUAUCUCUAUGUACAGCACUUUGGCCAGCUCAGGCAGAUUUUAAA